AUGUUGGCAAGAGCUUUCCAAAGAUCAUCCGUCAGACAAUUCUCUGCUUCCGCUAAGCAACUUUCCGGCCCACACUUCCCAGAAGGUGUGUACAACAACUUACCUUUCAAGGUCAAAAACAGAAGAAUUCCAUAUGCUGUUCCACACUUAAUUUUCUGGAUUGCAGGUUGCGGUAUUCCAUUCUUUGCAGUCUACGUCCAACAAAAGAGAGCUGGUAACUUGUAA